GUCGUUGGUCGGAAACAUGUCCAGCUAACUUUCGAAAACUGUUUAGUCGCUCAAUUGCGCAAACAAUCAAGACUUGAGGAGUGCCCAGAGUGAUUUCGUUCAUGCCCAAGUAUUUCGCACAGUCACCCUUGUCACGACUCCACGAACCCACACUGCUAGCCAUCAUGGUCACCGAUGGUCUGGAAGGAGCCUACCGCUCUGAACGGCUUGUUUUUCGAGCCGUAGAAAAUAACGACGAGGAUAAGAAGUUCCUGCACACCCAAAUCGAGAAUGACCCAGUCACCGUCGCCCUUUCCAACCCGAUGGCGCUGAUGCCGAGGACCAGCAAGCACAGCGAGUGGAUGGUGGAGCAAAUGGCCAAAUCUGUCCUCGCUGUCAUGGUCUGCCUACCGGCGGAUACUGUGGGCGGGGACGACGAGAAAGUUGACGAAGCGAAGACAACUGCGCCAAAGCCCAUAGGAUACCUAGCAAUCGGCUGGGGUGGCAUCCCUCCGGCAAUGGUCCAUCAUCGCUCGGUUGGCCUCGGUAUCGCGAUAGCACCGCAGUACCAAGGAAGUGGCUACGGGGCCGAAGUCAUCAAUUGGGCUCUAGACUGGGCUUUCCGGUAUGGGAAUUAUCAUCGGGUUCACCUUGGCACUGUCUCCUAUAAUGAGCGAGCGCAGCACUUGUACAAGAAGCUUGGUUUCGUGGAAGAGGGCCGCAGCCGCGAGUCUUAUUGGUUCAAUCGACAAUGGCAUGACAUGAUAAGCUACGGAAUUCUAGAAAGUGAAUGGGAGGCUAUGAGAGGCAUUAGGUCUGGAUAGGCACACUUUAUCUGUAGGUAUUCAAGCUUUUCACUUGGAAAGAGAGUAGCUCGCAAUGGUCUCCUCCCUCGAGACUGCUGAGCUCCUUGAGUUUCAAGCCGAGAUUUUCUCUCGUUCUAAGUGCUGGUUAAGAGAAUUUUCUGUGGGAUGGUCAUCAAAGCAGCACGGCCUAGCGGAACCAGUAUGUUCUGGAAAUCGAAUAGAGGAGUUGGAGAAAAACUAAGGACGGAUGUAGUGACGCCAUCUAACAGUUGAUGGGAUAC